GUAGAGGCACUUGAAAGAACGCCUUAGGAAUAGUGUUUGAAAAGAAACGCUGAAAAAUCGCACGUUACCAACUACUGAAGGCAAAAAAAAAAAAAUAUCUCACAGUUGCUUUCCACAGCAUAUGUAGACAUUAAAGAUCACCGCCAAUAGUUCAGUUGCUAGCGAACGCGCCAACAAAGCACACGUGCCGAACUAGCGAGCGGCUGAGUGAGUGUACGUUGUACAUGGAGAGGGCGUUUUAUGGGGCAUUUGAGAAAAAAGCUAAGCUUCAAUGUGAGCGCAUCUCAGCGGUUUUCGGUUUUAGUCGUGUGUGUGUGUGCAUGUGUGACGUAAAGCUGAAAGAAAUUUGAAUUUUGAGGAAUAUUCAAAUCUUGCACCCAAAUCAAUGGUCACAGCAGGAAGUCAAAACUACAAUUUUCACGUGUUUUUGCGGUGGCAAUGCAGACAGUGAACAAAGAAGAGCUUUUUUGGUAGCUGAAAAUAAAUAAUUUGCACGUUUUUUUUUAUUUUUUUUUAUUUUUUGUUGGUGCUGUUGUGGUAAAACUUUGACGAGUUGGUGUAAAGAAAUUAUGGUUGCAAUGCGAAAUGCGGCAACAGAAGUGAAAUAAAAAUUUAUUACCCAAUUAAGUUAUUUCGCAAGCAACAAGUCGAUUAUCGUAGUGAAGAAAAAACAAUAAUAACAACAAAAAAAUUUGCAAGUUUUCUCAGUGGUAGAGAAAAAAGCGUGGAGAUUACGAGUUGUUAAAAAAUAUUUCGUGAAACUGCAUAUGUGAAAAUUGGUGGAAAAGUGCGAAGUACCGAAAACGAAGCAAGGAAAUUGGCGAUUGACGUCUCGCAAAUAAAAAGAUCAGUGGCCAGAAGAAGUGAUCCCGAAGAAUAAGCACAUACAUACCUGCACAGUACAAAAGUAGCUUAGCUAAAGAUAAAAGACAAUAUGAGCAAUGCAAAUAUGUCUACAACUACAACAACUGUCAUGUUGUCCACCACCGCACUGCCCACUCUCAACUCAAGUAGUCAAGUGGAAAUCCUAACGCCAGCAUUAAGCAGCGAGGAAUUCGACAAUCUCACCUACGAUGACAAUCAAUUCGACAUUUACACACAUCCCACAUUAGCGGAAUACUACAAUAAUCUCACGCCAUUCAUCACGCUUUGCAUCUUCGUCGCAAUAUUAAUACUUAUGCUCAACAUUUCCAUAUUCUUCACCACUUUGGCAAAACUGAAACAACGUCUACGCAAGCCGCUACUUGGUCCAUCAAUAGCACUCGUCUCCCUAUACCCGCUCAUUAGUUUGGCUGCGUUGCUUACGCUGCUCUUGCCCAAAUUAUGGUUCUCUUGUCACACUGUGAUGCAUCUCUCGUUUACCGUCGGUGCGAUAUUCUUCUAUCAGCUGUGUGGGCAUUUUAUUGGCUCAGAGACGAGUUUUAUUAAGGAAACCGCUGGUAUGGCUGUGCCGAUUAGAACACCGCCAUGUUGUUGUUGCUGCAUGUGUUUGCCGGGAGUGACGCCGACGAGAGGGCGAUUUGUGAUAUUGCGUUGUAUGGUUUAUCAAAUGGCAUUCGUGCAGGGCAGCAUAAUGUUCGUGUUGAAUGGAAUCUUCUAUAAUGAUAUGACAUUAUUCAACGAUGUGCAAUCCUACUUCUUACCAUUCAUCAUUUCAUCCAUUAUUCUAGGUGCUUGGGGGCUGAAUAUAACAGUGCGUGUGGUGAAUAAUCUGCAUACGGAUUAUAGUACAAUGAAAAAAAUGUUUGCACUUCAACUAAUUUUGCUGUUAUGUAAAAUGCAAUAUCUUAUGUUGGACAAACAAUUGGAUCGUUUAAUAUUGGGUGAUGAUUAUCCGAUGAAUCAUAUUAUCUAUAAACAAACCAUCAUUAACACUUUGAUUUUGGUGGAAAUGGUUUUGGUUUCACUUUUCGCUCAGAAUGCUUACAAAACUCCAGUGCAAGUCGAUGAAAAUUAAAGACAUACAAACGUACAGUAUAGUAAAAUAUAAUACCUACAAAAAAUAAAAGAGGAGAACUUGUUACUUAAGCGCAGCACUUGUAUACUUACCUUUAUACUUUUGAGAUCUAUACGGUAGUUAGUUUACUAGAA